UCAUGCUGCUGCCAGGUCCACAGUGUCUCAUGGGUCCCUGUACGGCCUCCCAUUGCUGCUGUCUCCAUCGCCACACUCUGCCAUGUGCCACUUUCAGGUCUCCUCACACACUGCUGGGUUCCAUUUUGUCAUAGGGUGCUGGCAGAUUACGGGCCUCCCAUUGCUGCUGCCAGGCCUUAAUCUGCCAUGGGCCCCUGUACCGCCUCCUCAUGCUGCUGCCAGGUCCACAGUGUCUCAUGGGUCCCUGUACGGCCUCCCAUUGCUGCUGUCUCCAUCGCGCCACACUCUGCCAUGUGCCACUUUCAGGUCUCCUCACACUGCUGGUGGGUUCCAUUUUGUC